CCUCGAAAUCACUUCACGUUAUAAGUAGAAGCAGUCCACUGCAGAGCAGCAAGAUACCAUCUCUCUCCUUCUGACAACUUCAACGGACCGCUGCGACUUCGUCGCGGUCUCCUUGCUGGAAUUAUUUGAGCGGCCAAUUAGAGAGAAAAGAUUGAAGAAAUCCGACAUGGAAUUUGUGAAACUAUUACUGAAGAUCGCGAUGAUGUUCAUCAUCGUGACGGCUCUCCCUUUUAAUGAUAAUCCAGAAGAUGGCUCACAGACCGCUGUUAAUUACCGUUUACCGGACAAUGCGGUGCCUGUGCACUACAAUAUCAAGUUGAUACCGUACAUCGUAGAAGAUAACUUUACCUUCGACGGCGAGUCGAACAUUGAUAUCGUGAUUUGCCGCGCGACGCGAGACUUACAUUUACAUGAGAUGGAAUUGACAAUAGACGAGGAAGCGACGUCUUUGGUCAGCAGUGACGAUGUCGUUUACACACCGAAAGCACAUAAUUACGACAACGUAACGCAAAUCUUGAAUCUCAAUUUCAACGACGAGCUGUCGCCCGGACACUACACUCUGAAUAUAAAAUUUGUCGGUAUUUUGAAUGAUAAGUUGGAGGGUUUCUUCAGAACAUCAUACCAAAAUGAAGAAGAUUAUAAAGUGUGGUUGGCCGUAACGCAUUUCGAGGCGACCUCAGCGCGUCGUGCUUUCCCAUGCUGGGACGAGCCGGCAUUAAAAGCUACCUUCAACAUCUCCAUAAAGCACCAACAAAACUACACGGCUCUGUCAAAUAUGCCGGCGCGAGCACAUUCAGACGAAUGCGACGAAGACGGCAUGAUAUGGACUCACUUCGAUACAACUCCCAUCAUGUCCACUUAUCUAGUGGCGUUCGUGGUGUCCGAUUAUAUACGAAUUCCUAACGCGGACGGAACCGUCAAUAUGUGGUCCAGAUCGGAAUUGGCACCGUAUUCAACAUGGGCGCAGCAGAUUGCUCAGCGAAGUGGAGAGCUGUUGACGCAAUACACCAACAGUACUGACAAAAUGCCAAAAAUGGACCACGUAGCAUCUCCGGAAUUCUCAGCUGGUGCCAUGGAGAAUUGGGGACUCAUUAUUUACACAGAAGAUGAUUUUACGUAUAAUGAAGCAGUAGAUACCACGAAACAAAAACACAGAAUAGCUGUGGUGGCUGCGCAUGAAAUGGCCCAUCAAUGGUUUGGUAAUGUAGUCAGCCCGUUAUGGUGGAGCUACAUAUGGUUGAAUGAAGGAUUUGCGUCGUUCUUCGAAAGUUAUAUUCUCGAUAAGAUGUUUGAGGAUUGGCGAAUGAUGGAUCUCUUUGUGAUCGAAAAGCAACAUAGCGCUUUCCAAUAUGACGUUGCUAAGGAAGUAAUGCCCAUUUCAGCAGAAGUCAAUAGUCCCGAAGAAAUAAACUCGCUCUUCGAAAUCUCCAGUUACCGCAAAGCACCCGUUAUAUUGCGCAUGUUGCAACACUUCGUGACAGACAAAGUAUUUCGAAAUGGUCUUAUUAAAUAUUUAAACACGCAUCAGUUCAGCUCAGCUACUUCCGACGAUCUGUGGAACGCCUUGCAAGCAGCCCUAGACGAAUCGGAUGUUCCGCACAAUGACUACAAAUUGAAGGAUGUAAUGGAUACCUGGAUAACGCAAAGGCAUUAUCCUGUGGUACACGUGACCCGAAACUACGAUACCGGCGAGGUAAUACUGACGCAAGAACAUUUCCGUCCUGAUGAAAAAAGCAACGAAAAGGAUGCAGUCGACCAAGAUAAAUGGUGGAUACCUAUAACAUUUACCACACAAUCGAAUCCCGAUUUCUCCAACACCGUGCCCACUUAUUGGCUGAAGCCGCAGGAUCAAAAUAUAACUAUUAGCGGGAUUGACUCGAAUGACUGGCUCAUAAUUAACUUACAACAGACAGGAUAUUAUCUUGUCAAUUACGAUGAAACGAAUUGGAAGAAAAUUGCGGACUAUCUCGAUACCGACGACUAUAAGAAAAUACACGUGCUCAAUCGGGCUCAGCUCAUCAAUGAUGCGUAUCAUUUCCUGAUGGCGAAUCAACUCAAUUUCUCCACGUUCCUGGAUAUCGCGAUUUAUCUGGUGAAAGAAAUGGAGUAUAUACCGUGGUAUACUAUGUUCACCAUUUUCUCUGUUCUGUCUGAUGUCUUUAAAAUACUGGGAGUCGAGUUUCUCAAGGAACCCCUGUUUGAAACGGUAAACGGUCUCGUGGAGAGUGUAGGAUAUGAGGAAAGUUUAACCGAGGAUGACUUUACGAAGCUGAAGAGAGUUGCAGCUUUAAACUGGGCAUGCCAUUUCGGUCAUCCAGAAUGCAGAAGAAUGGCCACCGCGAAAUUAGACGAAUAUCUUGAGGAUCCCGAAACGCACAAGAUUCCGCCGAAUCUGAAGGAGUGGACGUUAUGUAAAGGCAUGAUGAACGCAAGCUUGUCCACUUGGAACAAAAUGUUCGACAGAAUGCAGAUGAACGAUUCGGACUAUAUGAUUCUAAUUUACUUGGCAUGCUCCGAAAAUACUGAGAUCAUCAUCAAUUAUUUGAAUGUAAACGACUCGAUAGUAGAUGAGUAUAUGUACCACACAAUCUAUGACGAAGUUUUGUCAAAGCACGCAAACAAAGAUCCAAUAUUUGACUAUGUAUUAGCAAACAUGGAGAAAAUAAUAUCCAGAGGGAUCGAAGAACGUUACGCAUUAGACGUUAUUAUCAACAAUGUAUUUUCCUCGCAAAAACUUGAUAAGAUGAACGAAUUCGUGAAAACUAAUUACAAAGAAGACAAAGAUUUAAUUGAAUACGUUAGUGAAAAGCUGAACGGCCGCUCUGAUAAACUGUUGAAAUAUGUCAUAAAUUUCAUAUCAUAAAUUUCAUAUCAUAUAAUUUCAUAUCAUCAUAAAGACAGUUGAAGAUGAGUGAAAAUAAAGUCGAGAGAGAGAGAGAAAGAUCACGCGAUCGAUGCAAGACAAAUAAAAUUAAAAAUGGUAAAAUGAAGCAAAUCUAUAAGCUGCAGUAAACAGAUUUAUAUCUUAUAACAUAACCAAAGUCGAUUAUUUCAGUUGUUUAUUUCUUGCUCGCUCUUUCUUAAAGUAUUUUCAAAGUUUGCCAUAACCGUUUCUUCGAUAAUCGGGGACACAGGUUAAUCGUAUCAAUUAUUCACCAUCGUAGACCCGUAUGAAAUAACAAUACAGCAUGAUCAUCCGAUGUUCUUAACCAGCAUUCCGAAUAUUAUGUAAGGUAUACUAUAUAUAUAAUCAUGUUAUAUAACGUUCUAAUAAAUAAAUCCAUA